AAACAGCCCAACAAGCCAGCCACGCUAAGCGCUGGCGACUGGCUACUCCGCAUCCACAUCCACAGGCACCACUGCAGGACAUUGGGCACCAAGCAGCCGGCCGACCGUAUGAGGAAGCAACGUGUUGUGCGUAACCGCAUACCAGCUGACAUCUUGGAGAAUGCUGCACUGAAUCGUGCCAUCGAGCGGUUGCCGGUGAACUACAACUUCGAAAUCCAAAAGACUGUGUGGCGAAUUCGCGAGGACAAGGCAAACAAUGUGGCUCUACAGUUCCCUGAAGGGCUCCUGAUGUACGCCUGCGUCAUUUCAGACAUCCUUGAGCAAUUCGCCGGGUGCCAGUCCGUGAUUCUUGGUGACGUUACGUACGGCGCCUGCUGCAUCGACGACCUCACGGCAAAGGCACUGGACUGCGAUAUGCUAGUCCACUACGGGCACAGCUGCUUGGUGCCGAUCGCAGUAACAGCGGUGAAAGUCCUGUACGUGUUCGUGGAGAUAUCCAUCGACACCGACCACCUGGCAGAGUGCAUCCGACGUACUUUCUCGCGGACGACCCGUCUGGCCGUCAUGGGAACUAUUCAGUUCGCGGGCGCAGUUCACGAAAGUUGUGCACAGCUGGCGGACCAUUUCGACGCGGUGGCAGUUCCCCAAGCCAAACCUCUGUCGCCUGGCGAGGUUUUAGGUUGCACAUCACCCGUGAUCGAAGGGAAGGACGCAUUGGUGUUUGUGGCUGACGGGCGAUUUCAUCUUGAGUCUGCCAUGAUCCAUAACCCAGGCAUGCAGCAUUUUCGGUACAACCCAUACACGAAGGUGUUGACACGAGAACAGUACGACACGCCCAAGAUGCACGACAUCCGAAAGCAAGCGAUUGAGGUAGCGAGGGGGGCGAAGUCGUUCGGUGUCAUUCUGGGAACGCUAGGCCGACAAGGAAAUCCCCACAUUCUCGAUCACCUGAUGUCCAUAUUACGGGCAAGAGGCAAACAGUUCUUCGUCUUGCUUCUUUCGGAAGUAUUCCCGGCAAAGCUGGCAGCCUUUGCAGAUGUUGAGGCGUGGAUCCAAGUGGCCUGCCCCCGACUCUCUGUGGACUGGGGGCAUUUCUUCGACAAACCUUUGCUCAGCCCCUACGAAGCUGACGUCGCCCUGGAAGAGACUGCAUGGCGAGAUGUCUAUCCGAUGGACUUUUACGCCAAGGGAAGCGGGGCAUGGACCAACAUGCACGAAAAGCGGGUGUCUUGACAGAACCGUCCAACCACCCGACGGUGCAGGGAGAAGUUAUCCUUCGCGUCAGCUGCUCCACCACUUGUUCUCUACAUCUUGUCCAAAGGGCGGUUGAAUCCACCUGCGUCGAGAUCAGGUUGUUUCGUUACCGGUUGGUGUUCAGGCCAGCAGGAAAGUGGAAGUGCGCUCUCCGGUUGCGACGACUAAAAACGUCGUUGUGUGUUCUCGACUCUGGCGUACACACGAGAACAUGCAGCGGGAUGGUAAAAAAUCCGUGUACAGGCAAAUAUGAAUAAAAUAAACUACAGUACUUGAACCUAAAAUACCCUCGACUCAUUGCCACGUACCUCGUCGAUUCAUAUACUGCCGAUACUCUCUUUCCUUGUGCUUCGAGAUCGCGCCUUUUGCAGGUCCUCGCUGGUUGUCUUCGACUCCCUUCCCCUUCGUGGUGUCAAACCCCGCAAAACCCAUCAACUUCAUCAUUUGUUGCUCCUGUUUGAGAUCGAGAGCGAAGCGCCGUAUUUUUCACUCACCACUGGUUGAAGCGUACCUAAGUAUUGCGGGCUAGCCUUAGCAGCGGGAGAUGAAGUGCAUCAUCGUAGCGCACCCCAACCGAACCAAGAGGCCAAUGUGUGUACGUGGCCCGUGGCUCAAUUCACUUGUAGGUGCAAGCAUCGUGAUCGAAAGCUAAAAAUGCUCGCCGUUCGUGCUCGCACAGUGAAGCCGUACGGAUACACGGUGUAGAUUCUUCGUCCGGGCAAUAUAUUCAUCGUACCUCUGUCAAAUCCUCAUCAUCAUCGUCGCCAUCGCUUCCACUACCAAGGGCAUCCUCCUCGCCUGAAGCAUCACCUGGGACACAAGGAUUCAUUUCAGUUCGUGGGCAUGUAUUGCUGCAUAGCAUUCGGUCAAGGUUGCUCUGUCCUUCAAUCUCAAGGAACAUGACCAAAAUUGUCAUGCUGUCGAUGACGGAAUGUGCGGAGCUCACCAAAUCCGUUGAAUCCACGUGAAGAAGUCAUGAUCAGCCUGCAAGCCGCUACAGCAGACAGAAACGGGGGGCCGCGCAUACCUUUCAUUUGACGGAUUAAAUGGAGCCUAUCCUUCACUUUGUCCUUCUCCCGCUGCUGCUCCUCCAGCAUUUUUUGCCUCUUGAUAGCUGCCUCCGCCCUUCGUGCUUCUUGCUUGGAAGGCUUUGAUGUCACGCUCGUCGUCCUACAGCGCGAGCGGGCCGUGUGCACGACGUGUAAACGGUGACUACGAACGUAUAAGCCGGGGACAAGCACGAGUUCUGCCAUGCGCUUCUUCCAAGGUAGAGAGUACGGCAUCGCAUUUUAUAUGUCGCAAACGACCGAUUGGCGUGCAGCUACACAGCAGCAGUAGUAAGACCGUCCUUCGAGGAGCCCCAGCAUGCAGCGAUAAAAUCUUCCGCUCGUUCUACCAAAGCACGGAACCGGUUGGGGUGCUCCAUACCUCAUGGCAACACCAAGCCGAAAACGGAAGCCAAGCUGCUAACUUUCAUCGCUGGAGGACAUGGCGCACGGAAUUGAGCUGCUGCUGACAUACUGGCACACAGGAAAGGCCCGAGCGACGGGGCUCGGUCCCGCGAUCAAGCGCGGCACAUCAGCGCCUCUCCACUCUCCGCCCUGGUGUGCUCAUUACCAGAGAUAGCACUUCAGACAGCAGUAUGCUGUUGUCGGCAAUCUUCCGCUUUGGUAUAGAGUGGGACAGGGAGGGGGUGAUGCUACUGUAGUCGAACGGUGGGACGGACGUGCAGUUCAGUUUUUGGGCACGCAUAGUCUACGGUGCUGCAGGGAUUUUUGUGUGUACCGCUUCGGGCUCUUGGAUACCUUUUCCUCGUUAUAUGUGUGCGUGUUCUUUCGAUCCU